GUGAAAGGAAAGGGUCAGAGUGGCGUCCUUUGGGCUUGUGCCGGAAAGUGUUGCUGAACACCAAGCCUUUCAAGAUGGUCCUCCUGAGCACCCUUAGAAUCCUUCUUCUUUGGGGACUGGUGUUUUUUAUGGAACACGGGGUCCAAAUGGUACAGGUAGGGCAGCCUUCUGUUGCCCUCCUGCCUGAGGCCCCUACCUUGCCCCUGAUUUGGGAGCUGCUAGAAGAAGCCCCUGGCAAGCAGGAGAGGAAGCCACAGGUCCUGGGGCCUCCCUUGCGGUAUAUGCUGGAGUUGUACCAGCAUUCAGCUGAUGAGAGUGGGCACCCUAGGGAGAACCGCACCAUUGGGGCCACCAUGGUGAGGCUGGUGAGGCCGUUGGCUAAUGUAGCAAGACCUCUCAGAGGCCCCUGGCACAAACAGACCCUGGACUUUCCUCUGAGACCAAACCGGGUAGCAUACCAACUAGUCAGAGCCACUGUGGUUUACCGCCAUCAACUUCACCUAGCUCACUCCCACCUCUCCUGCCAUGUGGAGCCCUGGGUCCAGAAAAGCCCAACCGAUCACUUUUCUUCUUCAGGAAGAGGUUCCUCAAAGCCUUCCCUGCUGCCCGAAGCUUGGACAGAGAUGGAUAUCACGCAACAUGUUGGGCAAAAACUCUGGAAUCACAAGGGGCGCAGGGUUCUACGACUCCGCUUCCUGUGUCAGCAGCCAAGAGGUAGCGAGGUUCUUGAGUUCCGGUGGCAUGGCACUUCAUCCUUGGACACUGCUUUCUUGUUACUCUAUUUCAAUGACACUCAGAGUGCUCAGAAGGCCAAACUUCUCCCCAGAGGCCUGGAAGAGUUUACGGAAAGAGACCCUUCUCUUCUCUUGCGGAGGGCUCGUCAAGCAGGCAGUAUUGCAUCUGAGGUUCCUGGCCGCUCCAGGGAGAGUGAUGGGCCUGAAAGUAACCAGUGUUCCCUCCACCCUUUCCAAGUCAGCUUCCAGCAGCUGGGCUGGGAUCACUGGAUCAUUGCUCCCCAUCUCUAUACCCCAAACUACUGUAAGGGAGUCUGCCCUCGGGUACUACACUAUGGUCUCAAUUCUCCCAAUCAUGCCAUCAUCCAGAACCUUGUCAAUGAGCUGGUGGACCAGAGCGUCCCUCAGCCCUCCUGUGUCCCUUAUAAGUAUGCUCCCAUUAGCAUUCUUCUUAUUGAAGCAAAUGGGAGUAUCCUGUACAAGGAAUAUGAAGAUAUGAUUGCCCAGUCCUGCACGUGCAGGUGAUAGCAGAAGUACAGCUAGCUCAGGUUUGCCUGAGAAAUUAGAAAAGGGUUUAAAAUAAACUAAUAUUAAUGUUAAAGCUGCAAGUGAUGCUCUACCCAAUCUAUAGGCUCUACUCCUUGCCUUCAGUGUUGUUACUUAAGUCUCUUCCCCUACUUAUGAGCUCCUUACUUUAUAAAAAUAGUUCUGAUAUCAAACAUCAGUAUGUUUUGACCAUUAGUCUGAGCCCUUAAUGUUUAAGAUCUUCCUUUGGAGAGGCCCUCUCUAUUUCCUUGUCUUUUUUUUUUAUUGUGACUUUGUCAAACGUCACCAGUCCAUGAUGGUAGAACUUUAGGAAUCGUACUGCCAAGUCCUGGGAGAGGUGGAAUCGUCCUAGAGUCCAUCUUCUGAGGAUCUAGAAGAUUUGAGGUGAAGAAAGCAACUUGAGAUUUUAUACUCCUCUUCCUUGCCUCCUGAAUCCUAGAAACUAGUACCUUAUCGGAAAGACUGCCUGCUUCUGUGUUUGGAUUUCCCUCUAAAUCUAAAACCAUUUCUCAGAUGGACUAGAAAACUUUUAGGCAAUAAUCUCCAUAAAAAUCUUUUGAGGGGAACAGAAGGAAGGGAAUCUUUUUCUAAGCCAUCAGGGCUUUUCCUCUCAGGCUCUGAACCUGGGGGAAAUACCUGGGUUUCCUUUAUACCCUAGGGUGAGGAGAGCAGUCUUUAAUAAGGCCAGUAGGGAAAUGUGUAUGGAGCUGAGAUGACAGUCACUUCAAAAUCGCCUGUGUCUACAGUGAAGAGAUGAAGAGCUGUCAUUGCUGAUUAGGAUUAUGUAUGGGUGAGGCGUUUUAAACUUUCUAUGGAACAAUAGAUUUCACAGGGUAUUUUCUCAUUUUAGGUAACCCUUAAACUCCUGCUAAUGAUCCCACAAAGAAAGCUCCCUGGUGGCUCGGAGGCUGGGACUUGGCCUGGUUGGAAGUGGAGGGGGUAGAAGGCCGCAGUUAGGAAGCUUAAAAGGGCUGUGGGGGAAGGGUGAAAUGUGAUGAGGCCUGGGGCCCACUUCAUUCUGAGCUUGCCUGUUUGUGUGUUCAGCUGGGCUCCGGGCAUGGGUCUCUGGGGGAGAUGGGCUUGCUGUAUUGGGAGGCAUGGAGCUCUGCCUUGGACUAAAUGAUGCUUGCAGUGUGACUCUUUCCUACUCCUGUGCUGUAUUGAAAUGAUGGGGACUGGGCUGUGUUGCAAAUAAAUCAAUUUUU